GAGCGUACUUGUAGCCGACUGGUUUUUUGGCCAUGCAUUAAAAAGUAAGAUUAAAGCAGGAAGCCCCCCAACUAUAAAAACCAGUUAUUCAACAAGAUGGCAGAUAUUGUCGAUAAAGAAGAGAAUAUCGUGCAAGAAGCUGUUCAAAAUAUAAAAAUAUCUCGAGGUUUACGACCAGAGUUAGAAUUUGAAUUUUCCAAAGUUGAAAAUUUAUUUGUUUACAAUGAAACUGGCAACAAAAUUCGUUUCGGAGAUAUUUACAAGAAACAAAAAACAAUUAUUGUUUUUGUACGGCAUUUUCUGGAUUUCAUUGCCAAGGAAUAUGUAGAAGAUUUUGCUGUCAUCCCUGUUGAAUAUCUGCAGGAGGCUGAUGUCAGGUUGGUUUUGAUCGGUCCAGCACCGUAUAGGUUUAUCAAAUCAUUCAAGCAGGCAACUGGUUAUCAACAAACGUUAUACUGUGAUCCAGAACUUGAUCUGUACAAAACAUUAGGGUGUCCUAAAAAGGGUGGUGUGGGAGACUUGAAAGGCAGCAAGCACGUCAAGUCAGGUUUUGUAAUGGGUAUUCUGCGAAGCACAUGGCGGGCUAUGAGAGAAGAAGCGAGGACCUACCAGGGAGAUGUUCAACAACAGGGCUGUGCUCUUGUCGUUGGGCCAGGUGAUGUUUUGCACUACUCCCAUAUCGACCAGUCAUCUACGGACCAUGCACCAAUCAACGAGCUGCUGAAGGCGGCUGGUGUCCAGGCAGUCAGUUUCCCAAAGGACCCAAGAGUGCAAGAUUUGUGACAUUCAGUGAAAGAGAAAUCUUGAGAUUAUACCGUCCAUUUUAUACUUUUAUUUAUUUCUGAAUAUUUUGAGGAAAAGAUUUCCUUACAUGGAAGUUACAUUUUUUGCUCAAUGACAUUUAUUGUGGUACACCACCAUUCAUCUUCUUUUAUAAUUAUUACCUAAAUGGGUAAAUCAUUUUAUUUUUUAAAAUAAGUAUAGGGGAAUGUUUCAAAGUGACUAAAGUAAAGUGAUGGUCAUACUUCUACAAUACAUACCAAAUAGUAAAUUCAGGUGUGUACUGCAUUGUCCACAUCAAAGAAAGGGACCCUGCUUUCCAUCUAGUCCGGUAAAAAUAAAGUUUUUACACUAAAUGGCAGAAGGAUAAUAGUGACGUAAUGCCUUAACAGGACUUGAGGCUGGUAGGUAGUCGGUUUGCAUCCUGGUACCAGCUGCAAGCAAAAGUGAGCUGAUCAACUCGGUGGAUUGGUUUUAAGACCACUACACCAACUUUGCUUUUGUUAACCUCUAACCUCUGUCUUAGUGCAAAGAUGAGAUGUGUGCAAAGGACAGCGUGAUUGAACUUUAAUGGGAUACAAGUACGAAAAUCAAGUUUAGAGAGAGAUUCAGUUCUUAUAUGAUUCACUAUUCAUUUAAGAUGCUAGUUACUCUAUAAAGUAGAUGUUCCAUGUAAGUGUUUCUUAAGGAAACCGUUACAAACAGAAAUGUUGAAUAUAUUCCUUACAUUAUAGUUCUUUACAUUUGGUAGAAACUUGGUGGGUGAAAGCUUUUUUGGUACAAUAUUCUCGUGUGCAGAAAGCACUAGUCUGUUCACUAAACUUCUGACAAACAAUUUUUAAAAUACCAUGACCAGUCCUAAAGGUGAUCUGUGUUUUCCCCCAGAUUAUGGAGCAAAUACUGGUGUUUUUCGAUUAAUUCUUAAUUCCACAUCACAAUUUUGAGUGACUUUAAUAUAAGCAUCAGCCUGUUGGCCAAUCCGAAACGGCUGUACCUGAUUGUGGAAUAAUCAUUGUAUAAAACAAUUUUGAGUUUCUCAAACUGUUCAAGGUGAUCUUAAUGGUAAAAUCACUUCGUUAAAUGGGACCCAGAACAUUAACGAAAUGUGAUUACAUCAUCUAUCGUCUGUGUAGUUUCGAACACAUAGAUUCACAACUGCUAUGCUUUGAAUAUGUCUGUCUGUACACUCAGGAAUCCUCUGCCGAAUAAAUGUAAGGUACUGGAAUUUAUUGAGGUACUUUGGUUGCAAUGCCAAGGGUCAUUUUAGGAUGGAACAUUCAGUGUUGCACAUGAAUGUUGCCACUUUAGGUACUUUUGAUUUAUGGUGCGAUAUUUGGACAUUAUUAUUUAAAAAAUCAAAUCUCUUACUGUAAAUUCAUGGGUGAGAUAUUACAGAAAUAUGUAUUGUGAUGUAAUUUGAAUAUUUAAAACUUCAUUUUAUGUGAACAAUUGCAUUAAAUGUUGAAACACAAAUGUCUAAAUCAGAACUUUAUGAAAUGCAGUAGUUCAAGAUUGGACAAAGAAACAAAAUUAUGGUAAUAAAAAUAUAAUAAUAAAGAAAACUAACAAAAAUUGGAAUUAUUAAAAAAAAAAUCCUGAACAUGCUUUGAUUAUACUGGGCAGUCAUUAGAAGUGAUAAUGGUAGUAUUUUGUUAUUGGUUGAAUUUUGAUUGGCAUUGGUCUGGCUGAUUAGUCCCAUUUCGGCACCCUUGAUUCUGUACUGCUCAGUCAUUCAUUUAUAAAUAUCAGUUAUGAGAUUGUAAUAAAUUAAGUGAAUAUCAAUGCCAUGGGGUUUGCUCAGAUUCAAAUGGCAGGUAUAUUUUGUAUUACCACUCCGUGAUUACUACUUUUCAUGUAAUAUUCUGUGAUAUACAUGUACAUGUUUCUAACUAGGCAAAACAUUUGUAUUGUUUUACUCUUUUGUUUUUCACUUACAAAUCCGUGGAUCAGUGUCUUUGUUGUGUUUGUUGUUUUAGGAGCCAUCUCAUUUCAUCUCAUUCUAUACACAGUGUACAGGGCUAGCUCUGAGUGAGCAAAACAUUUUGCCAAAUUGUCUGUUAAACUUAAAAAAUUGCAGAAUUCAAAAAGUUUUUUUCUAAAAAAUGUCAAUUAUUACAUGAAAUUAUUUCGCCAAAUUAUUUUGUAAAAUUAAAAAAAAAAUCGCCAACUGCUUUCAGAAUUCGCAAUUGGUGAAUUUGGUGAGUGCCAGAGCUAGCCCUGAUGUAGUUCAAUCCAUGGUGCUGAGAAAAAUAAAACUUUUGCACAAAAAAGAGGAAACCGAUAUAAAAUUAUGUAGAUUAAUAUUAUAUUUUAAAAACAGCAUUAUGUGGUAGUGUACUAUGAGAGAAUUAUAGUGCCAUGGUGUAUUCCUUGAAGAUAAAUGUAAAAAUAUGCUGGUAUACAAACCAAUUAAGAUUAUUAAAAUAUUAGAUCGGUCUCAUUUGCUAUUAACCAUUGUGCUCUAAUUGUAUUAUUAUUUUGUAAGAUUUUCAUAUAGUUGUCAUACUCGCACCAAAUUCAAUGAAGUAGAUUAGUUUAGUGAUUCAAGUCCUUUGAAGUGGAAAAUGACCCAUUAUUAGUGUCAUUUUAAAAUUGUUUAUUGAUCAUCUGCAUGUAGACAUUCAUCCUCGAACACAUUCACAUUCCUACAAACAUAAAGUAAUACUACAAAUGUUGUAUGACAUUAGCAUUUUCUGCUGUUAUAUAAUCAGUUAUUGUGUUUUGUCUUUUUGUCUUAAAACUGUUGGAGCAUUUUGUUUUAGAUUUAUUAAGAAAACACUUUAUUGUUGGCAUUCACCAAUAGAUAUUUUAUCACACGUCAUUGUUUUCAUCAUUGGCCAGUUACUGUGUUCAGUAUUUUAUACAGUGUAUGUUUCAGUGUUAUAAUAUACUAGUUUAUUUUAUUAUCAAGGAAGGUAAAAUAUUAUUUUGACAGUCAAAAUAUUAAAUUGACAAUUGUUCUCAUUCAUUCAGCCUCUGUUGACCAUUUUUAACGGUAUAUAGCAAACUGUCCUCUUUCUUGUUAUUUUCCAAAAACAAAUCUAAAAAUGAAGUAAGAGUUAAAAUAUAUGAUACUUUAUGCCAGCGAUUGUUUUUGACAUCUUUUUUUUAAAUAUAUAUUUUACUAUUUUGAUUCUCAUUUUCAUACUACUUACUUGAAUACUGGUAAUAUUGAAGAUGGUUUUUUUCAUAAAUACUUUUAAAAAAAGAGAGAGAGAAAAAAGACGCUUAUUACUGUAAUAUUUAUUGUAUUUUAAAUACAAAAACAUUUUGAUCUGACUAAUAACAUGUUUUUGUAUAUAAA